CUAAUGCUCUUCUUGUUGCAAACCUUUACUUGUUUUCAAGCAAGGUAAUAUUUCCCCCAUGGCCAGACAGGAUUUCAUGGAAGAUUGGAAAUGAAUGGCCCUACUUAUAUGACAGUGACACUCGUUUACAGCUGUCAUGCAGUCAAGAUAAGCAGACAUAAACGCGCGCACGGGAACACUUUCAGUUUCCGUCUAUCGAAUCCGCUCUUAGGGAUUUUAUCGGCCCAAGACCAGAGUAAAAGACGUUUAGCCAAGGUGUCACGCAUUGAGAUUGAACUGGAAACUAUGUAUUUGGAAAGCGAACUUCCAAACCACACAACCACGCUUAAACACAAACAAAAGUUCUAUAUAUGGGACUGUUUAAUCAUGCCAUGUACAAAAGAAGCCUUGGACCUGUCUGAAUUUCAAAGAGGCCGUAUUGUCGGUCAUUCGGAAGGUGGACAUAGUCAGUGUAAAAUCGCAGAAUAUCUUGAAAGCCAUAAAAUUUACUGCCCAUAAAAGACACAUUUGUUGCAAGCAACUCCAAUAUUACUACUACUACUACUACUAAUAAUAAUAAUAAUACUGCUGCUGCUGCUACUACUACCAUUACUACUACAACUACCACUGCCAUGGUCGCUACUGCUGCUGCUGCUGCUACUACUACUACUACUACUACUAUUACUACUACUGGUUUCAAAUUUAAGUGCAAGGCCAGCAAGCUCAGGGUGAGUGGUAAGUUGACUGCAUCAACCCCAAUGCACAACUGGUACUUAUUUUAUUAACCCUGAAAGGAAAAAGACAAAGUCGACGUUGGUGGAAUUUGAACUCAGAACAUUAAAGCCAGAUGAAAUGCAAAUAAGCAUUUUGCGCAGCAUGCUAACGAUUCUGCCAACUCGCUGCCUUAAUAACAACAACAAUAAUACUAAUAAUGGUUUCUAAUUUUGCCACAAGGGCAGCAAUUUUGGGGGAGGGGGAUGAGUCGAUUACAUCGACCCCAGUGCACAACUGGUACUUAAUUUAUUGACUCCAAUAGGAUGAAAGGCAAUGUCGACCUCAGCAGAAUUUGAACUCAGAACACAAAGAUAGACAAAAUACUACUAAGCAUUUUACCUGUUGUGCUAGCAUUUCUGCCAUCUCCACCACCUUGCCAUCAAUAAUAACAAUGAUAAUAAUAAUAAUAAUGAUAAUGAUAAUAAUAAUAAUAAUGAUAAUGAUAAUAAUAAUAAUAAAUGUAUAUGGAUAUAAAAACACAUUUUUCCAGUUGUUGACAGAUUAGAGAGUUGAGUUGAGAUAUUGAUAGGGACUAAUCCACUUGAAAGGGAUUAGAGAUAAAAAUUAAGAGAUUAUUUUGGGGCCUUUAACUUGUCUUCUCUUCCUUGUUUUUUUUUCUGCCCUGAUCCCUCCUGUAUGAUAGUUUUUUGCGGAUUAGAAAUUCCUCAAGAGAGGGUAGAGGAUUAAAACAUCAAAUUUAGUUAAAUAAUAUACGCGUACACAUGUACAGACACACAUACACACACACACACACAUUCUUACACAAAUCAUGCACAUAUGCACACACAAAUAUAUUUUGGUGCUGACAUUCUUAUGCGAUUAAGAAGUUCGCUUUGGAAUCACAUGUAUAGGGUUUCAAUCUCAUUGCGAGACAGCUGUCGGCGUGCUAGAUCAUUGACCUUAUGAGUAAAAUCGGUCGAUGGGAACUCAAGAAGUCUGUGGCACAUGUGUGUGUGUGUGUGUG